UUUGUUAUCAGCAGAUAUGUAUUUUAGAAUCAUUUUUGUUUAGGUUUCAUAAAGUAACAACCAGAAAAAUUUGUAUAUCUUGCCUAAAUUAUUGUAGUGUUGUCACAGAAUUAAAAAGAACAAAAAUUAAAAUAAAAAAAAAAACUAAUUAGAAAAUUAAACUUUAUUAAAAAUGGAUAUGGACUACUCUACAUAUGCACAGCUAUUUGGCUUUCCUUACAUGCCCACUACGGAGCAAAGCUACCCAGAAAUGAGGGGCGGUGAGCAGCGACAGAUGCAACAGAAGCAGUGCGAGAAUUUUCAACAGGUAUACAACCAAGGCAUUCAGGCCUCGUCAGUUCCUGACUACGAUCCAUAUCGACGCGAAGGGCGGGGAAUGGAAAAUAGGUCGAACAACUUCCAAGACAAUCCCUACAAUUCAGGGCAUCAAUUGACUAGUUCUGAAUAUCGUUGCGUGGCGCGGGAACAAAAACGAGCCAAGGAAAUGCAGUCCCGCAAUGGGUUAUAUUCGCCUUUUGAGCCCGCUGCUCGCUAUACAAGUGGCGGGGAUGCCAGCCACUACCCCAAUUACGCAGAUGGUGGCAGGCGAAUGAAAACCCAGAGCAUGAAUCCAUAUUGGUAAUACUGAAAACCUGCUAAAUUAAAUUUGUCUAAAAUAUCUAUGUUAAAGUUUAUCACUACUUAUUUAUGGUAAGGGAACACUUAUAAUCACACUUGGAUAUGUUUUCAGUCUCUUAAAAGCAAGGCUAGCCUAAGAGACUGAAAGAAUCUCACAAAAAAAUAUAAAUAAAUUAAAGCACUCGUCCAAAGUC